AUGGCUGCCAAAUACGCCGUCUCCUUGAUGGCCCUGCUCGGCUCUGUCGCCGCUCAAGGCUACAACAGCAGUUCCAUUGCCUCGACUACUUCCUCCUCGGUGAACCCUCAGUACACCAAUGGUGCCGAGCCUACUGUCGGAGGAACAACCUUCCUCAUCCAGAGUGAUACCAGCUACUCUGAUGCCACCGUCUUGACUCUUUCCAGAAAGAGACAGGCAACCUCUGGCAUCGCUUCUUGCUUGGCCACCUGCUCGGACAGUGACCGCUGUGUAGGCACUUCAUACUCCGACGACAGCAUGCAAUGCACUUAUUACAGUGAUAUCGACACUGCAACGCAGACCAAGACUGCUGGUACCGACUUUGCUCUUGUUCAGUCGCGUGCUAAUGCAUCUACCACCUCCGAUGUGUUCAAUGGAACUACUCCUGUCACAUCCGGUGGCGCUACUCGCACUUCCGGUGUUUCUCUUAGCUCUGGAGCAGCUGGAAACUCGACCACUCGCGCCACUGGUAGCUCAACUCGCUCAGCUGGCGUCUCGCUCAGCUCUGGCGUGUCUGGUAACUCCACUCGCUCCGCAUCUGCUUCGCGUACCUCGUCGGGAGCAGUCUCUACCACCUCUGGUUCGGCUGCAUCUCCUUCUCCCAGCUCUCUACUUAGCAUUAACGGUGUCCUCUUCUUGAUCGAGAUCGACAUUGACUACACUGGCAUCGAGAUCACCCUCACUAUCCUGGCCAAGCGUGCUGGACAGAGUCUUGACCAGUGCUUGACUACCUGCGCUGCCAACACCAACUGUGCUGCUACCAGCUUCACAGAAGCCGAUGGCACCUGCACCUUCUUCUCAUCUGUCGAUGCAGGAAGCCGUGUAUCUGCUGACGGUACCACUUUCGCUACUGUCAUCUCCCGCGCUGGUGCAGGAAACGGAUCCGGUACCAACGGAACUUCCCCUACCACCAAUGGAACCACCCCUGCUAUCCCCAGCAACGUCACUGCUGAGAGCUUCAUUUGUCCUAGACUCGAUGGCAGUGUCCUCCUAAGCAACGUCGACGUAACUUUCGCUAUCAGCUGUAGUUCGUUCCUCAUCGGUACCACAUACGAUGCGGUCGCAGAAAUCCAACAGAAGCGCCAGGCCAUCGAUAACGGUCUCCCAUCAACCCUCUCCAACUGUGUCGACCUCUGCUCAGUCGCUGAGAGCUGUGUCGGCACUACCUUCAAUAUCGCUACUGAGACCUGUGCAUUUUAUAAUGACGUGGAUUAUGCGACUGACGUAGCUGGCUAUGACUCGGCUGUCCGUGUUCAAGACAACUCCGGCAAUGGUAACGGCAAUGGAUCUGGCGAAGUUGCGACCACCACAGUCCUUGCGCCUGGAGUUACUACCACAGUCAUUGUCGCAGCACCCACGACCGCUACGAUCUAUCAGACCAUCGUUUCGACUGUCACGGUGAUUGCUGGCGGUGCUGGCCAGACCGUCUACCCAGGAGGUGCUGUUGUUACAUCUAUCUCCAGCGUUGGUCAGGUGACCUACACGAACACUGUCCCAACAGUUACCAUUCCUCAGAACGGCAACGCAGCUGUCCCGACCGUGACCAUCACUAUCGGAGGAGCUGGUACUGCUGUUGCUACUCAAGUCGUGACAGUCACCGUAGACCAGAACGGCAAUGUCAUCGGCCAAUCUACUGCUGGUGCCGCCGCUGGAGGUGCUGGAGGUGCUGGAUCUGGCGCAUAUCCCACGGUCACCGUACACGAUGUCUCCACCGUCUCCGUCUGCCCCACUACCGCAGAUUCCGUCGUCUGGACCACCGUCUACGUCCGCUAA